GUAAUAAGAAGAAGCCCCCCGCCGAAGCAGACAGUGAGGGGUCCUCCCCCCUCCCUCUUCUACACGUCACUUCCCCCUGUCUGUGCUGCCCUCCAGCAUGUACUAAGGAGGGAUGGAGGGACAGCAGACACAGGUGCUGAUGACGUCAUGACGCCUCUUGACAGCUGGCUGUGUGAGUGGUUGAUGGUGGUUGGAUAGAGUACCGGGGAUCCGCUGUGUGCCCGCACUGGAGAGCCUCUCCGCCCGACCAUGGUGGCCAAGCAGAGGAUCCGGAUGGCUAAUGAGAAGCACAGUAAGAACAUCACUCAGAGAGGCAACGUGGCCAAGACCCUGAGGCCGCAAGAAGAAAAAUACCCUGUAGGACCUUGGCUGCUGGCACUGUUUGUGUUUGUUGUUUGUGGAUCAGCAAUUUUUCAAAUAAUACAAAGCAUCAGAAUGGGCAUGUGAGACUGAGAAGGGCCUGGACACUUGCCUUACGUCAGCAGUCAUAAUGGACAAAGCCACAGCUGUGAAUCGGUGGAAACCUCGAGAACCCAUUCAUUAUUUUGUGCCUACAGAGUUUACCUUGAAGAAAAGAUGGAAGCUCAAUGAUUUUAACCUUGGUGCAUUAACACUUCAAGUUCUGCUCCAAGGAAGGACUUGUUUCUUUUCUAUAUACAUCAGCUGAACCACAUUGGUUGACUCUGUUUUAUUAUUUAUAUCUUUUUUUUAAUUAUUAUUUAUUUAUUUUUUAAUAAAUUUGUUUACAAGACACGGAUGCUGUUGUGCGAAAGCAAAAUUGUUUGGUCUGAAUGUUACACGGAAAACAUUAGUGUUGUCGUAGAUAUUUUCUUUUAAAUAAAAAUAAUUUAUUCAUGUC